CUUCAUUUCCCUCAGUCUCCGUCCCCAAAAGCAAGCUUCGGAGCCGACGGCGAGGAGGAGAAGGCGAACGGAGGCGGAGGAGGAGGAGAGAUGGACGUGUUCUACUAUUUAUUGUUCGGUGGGCUCUCCGCCGUGGUGGCGGUACUGGAGCUGAGCAAGACGAGCAAGGACCGCGUCGCCACUUCUCCGGCCUUCAACGCCUUCAAGAACAAUUAUCUCGUCGUCUAUUCCCUCAUGAUGUGUUCGCCCUCACUCUCCUUUCUCUCGGAUCUUUCCUUUAUUACCACAAAAGUCGGGUUUUCCCUAUCGAUCUGCUCGCCCAUUGGCAGAUCUGAUUCGGCUUUCGCCAGGACGGAAGGCUUCUAGGGUUCCUUUGUGUCCUAAAGUUUCCCUUUCUGUAUUGAGAUCGUAAAUGACUUUUUGGAUUUAAUUUUUUCUUCUUUCGUUUGUGUUUGAAUUAAGUGCCCGAAUUUGAGCAUCGGACGCCAUUUUCUUCGGAUCUGAAAGUGUUGGACUGGUGAUUGGCUGCAAGGCCCCUACGUCUACUACUUGUAUAGCCAGUAUGGCUUCGACAAGGGUGACAUUGGGAGGCUCUUCAUCGCGGGUUUUGGAUCGUCAAUGCUGUUCGGGACGAUCGUGGGAUCUUUGGCUGACAAACAGGGGCGUAAGCGGGCUUGUAUAACAUACUGCUUGACGUACAUUCUUAGUUGUAUCACUAAGCAUUCUCCGGAAUACAAAGUGUUGAUGGUGGGACGUAUACUGGGAGGUAUUGCUACGUCUCUGCUAUUCUCGUCAUUUGAGUCAUGGCUUGUUGCAGAGCACAAUAAGAGAGGUUUUGAACCACAGUGGUUGUCCAUAACUUUCUCUAAAGCAAUAUUUCUCGGCAAUGGCCUUAUAGCCAUUGUUUCUGGACUAUUUGCCAAUUUAGUGGCUGAUACCUUGGGAUUUGGUCCUGUUGCUCCAUUUGAUUCUGCUGCAUGUUUCCUUGCCAUAGGCAUGGCUAUUAUCCUGUCAUCUUGGAGUGAAAACUAUGGAGAUCCAUCUGACAGCAAAGAUUUAAUGGGACAGUUCAAAGCUGCUGCUGCAGCCAUUGCUUCUGAUGAGAAAAUUGCUUUGCUGGGUGCAAUACAAUCUCUUUUCGAAGGUUCCAUGUACACCUUUGUGUUCUUGUGGACUCCUGCAUUGAGCCCAAAUGACGAGGAAAUUCCUCAUGGCUUUAUUUUUGCUACAUUCAUGUUGUCUUCAAUGUUGGGGAGUUCCAUUGCAUCUAAGCUGAUGGCCCGAGCAACUCUUAAAGUUGAAAGUUAUAUGCAGAUCGUGUUUGCAGUCUCUGCUUUCACUCUACUGCUUCCAAUUAUUUCUACUUUCCUAGGUAGCAUAUCUUUUGGAAGCUCGAUUCAACUCCUUGGAUUUUGUGUGUUUGAGGCCUGUGUUGGCAUAUUUUGGCCAUCAAUGAUGAAGAUGAGGUCUCAGUACAUCCCCGAGGAGGCUAGGAGCACCAUCAUGAACUUCUUUCGCAUUCCCCUCAAUCUAUUCGUCUGUAUUGUACUCUACAAUGUAAAUGCUUUCCCAAUCACUAUCAUGUUCGGCAUGUGCUCAAUUUUUCUUUUCAUGGCUUCAGUCUUGCAAAGGCGACUCAUGGUGGUUGCUGAUACCUACAAAAAGCCACAAGAUUGGACAGGUCUGAAGGAGAUUGAUGCUGAAGCAGAAGCACUCGUCUGACAAUCGAUCUUUCAUAUUGCUAAUAACCAGAUGUAGAUGCUGACACUGGAACGAAAAGAAAAGUGACCGACAUGUCGCAAAAGGAGUUUGUUCCCUCUUUCGCUCUACUUUUAGCAGGAAAACUUCGAUCGAAUAUCAAUAUAGAUAUAUGCUUAGUAAACUAGACAAACAGUCAUUCUGCAUUCUAUGUAUUGAAUUCUGUUACUAAUCUAUUCAUGAUCUCAUGCUUUUCUGUUUUUA